CUGGACGGGAGUUUUGUGAGAGAGAAAAGAGAGAGGUGAAAGUGCGUGUCUGCGAUGGAUUCUCAAUUCAACCUGCAAACUUACAGUCUAACCUCUUCGAGCCUGUUCCCUUUAACCCCCUUCUCCUCUCUCAUCUAUCGAGCACCCUCUUCCCUCUAAUUACUGUGGACCAUUUUCAUGCAAUGACCAAGAUACAUCGACUGGAAUUGUAGUCUAAUGCUGUGCCCUGACCUUUGUCUACUGACAAUGGUCAAUGACAGUAUCUACCUGUCUCUUGGACGGCCCCGCAGCCGACUGUACCAAGUUUGCGAUUUCUGCGCUGUCACAUAGGGAUGGGCGAUAGGGAUAGGGACCAUUUGGCUUUUCUUCAUCUUACUUGCACCCGCUGCGAUUGAGGAUUACAGCAGGUAAUCCGAACCUCACUCAGUUCCUCGGUGCUAGUCAUGUCCGCUUCAAGGUUACUAAGACAACCUGAAGUCUUGUCCAGUGUCCUCCUCACUGCAUUGUACCCAUCGAGCUACCACUUGUACCCACUGAACAAAGUUACAUACCAUACCGUAUGGAGUCCUCAUUCCACCCCCAACCCCACUAUGAAAUAAUAUCGAUGGGAAGUGGGAGAGAAUCGAAAGUCGAGCCUGCCAUCCAGCGUCCGCAUGAAUUUUGUGUGGUCAGUUAGG